AUGCCCAUAGUGGACCAAAGUUCUGUCGGUAUGAACUUUGAAAACCAACAUGCGAAGGAUGGUGAAAUCGGACCUAACGCCAUUGUUGUCUACGUAGGCAAAGAAAAGGCUGUAGAGGGUGAUUCUAAUAAAGAGGGUGAAGCUGAAUCACGUGAUGAAGGUGAUGAAUAUACUGAGCCACGCCCUGUUGUAGAACCGUGUAAGUAUAUUGAACCAUGGGAUGACGGUUUGGAUCUGACUAAACUUCAAGAAUUUCCAAACAAGAAGGCAUUGCAAGAUGUGGUGGAUAGAGCUUCAUUCUCUAACUUUUUUAGUUUUGAAAUAGUAAAGUCAGACAAGGUGCGUUAUGUGGUCAAACGUCCUAAAGAAGGAUGUAACUGGGGUUUACGAGGUGGUAGGAUUCGAGAUACAGAUAUUUUCUCGAUUAGAAGGCACAACAAGAUGCAUACAUGCUCUCUGGCUAGUCAAAUUUCAAGCAACAGUAAGAGACAAGGCACUCCACAAUUAGUUGCUUCUCUUUUACAUGGUGAUUAUCCAGGGCAAAUGGAAACUCCACCUCCGAAAAUUAUCAUGGAUCUUGUCAAGACAAAAUUAGGUGUUGAUAUAUCAUAUUCCACGGCGUUGAGAGGGAAAAAUCAAGCUGUUACUGAUUUGAAAGGUAGCCCAGAAGAAAGCUACAAGAUGCUGCGAUGUUAUCUGCACAUGUUAGAGAAGGUUAAUCAUGGUACAAGAUCAUAUGUGCAUUGCAAUGAGAAUAAUAAAUUCAUGUACUUGUUCAUAGCUUUGGGAGCUAGCAUUGAAGGAUUUAAAGUCAUGAGGAAAGUUAUAACUAUGGAUGCAACUUUUCUAAAGAACGAAUAUAAGGUAUUUAUGACUGACAGAAAUACAAGUCUCAUAAAAGCUAUAGCUAAUGUGUAUCCUCUGGCUCAUCAUGGUUUUUGUAUAUGGCAUUUAUCCCAAAAUGUGAAAGGUUAUGCUCGUAACGUGAACAAAGACGUUGUUGCAUGGAGAUUCAUGGAGUGUAGUAGGUUUUACACAGUGGCUGAGUUCAACAUUGCUUACGCAUCUUUUACGACAAGAUAUCCUUCUGCUGCCAAGUAUCUUGAAGAAUCUACCCAGAAAGAAAGAUGGGCACGAUGUGUUUUUCCAGGAGAUAGAUACAACCUAGACACAAGCAACUGUGUUGAAUCGUUGAACAGUGUAUUUAAAGAUGCAAGGAGGUACUCCUUGAUACCCAUGCUUGAUGCAAUACUUCAAAAAUUCUCUGAAUGGUUUAAUGAACAUCGGAAAGAGGCUGUGUCUUGA